AUGAAGCGGCAUUGUUGUCUUAUCUGGACUUCAAUUCGGGUUCGGUUGCUGACGUUCUGGAGGCUCCGGCGGGUGGUGCCGGAAAGCGGCCGCACGUCUGACACCUGGCGACGGCGAGGACCUGGCGGCAGGAAGGGCAGGAGGAGUGGGAUCCUAGCCAGGUGUCAAUGCAGGGCACGUGGAAGCCGUGGCCGCACUGCGACAGCACGCGGAUAUUUAGUUCGAAUCAAUAUACGCAGCAAGAAAACGGUCAUCAGUGAGUUCAUGGACCGGAGUGGGACUAGAAGAAAGAAAGAUAAGAAUUUGCUUUCUGAACAAGCGCUGCGACACUUGGGUAAGGGGCGCGAGCGAUCCCGUCUGCCUAGUGCUCGGGUGGUUUGGCCAAUAGUGGGUCAAGAAAUAUGGAAUGGGGAUGUAGGGGAGGCCUUAAUGCUUUUUGUUGGUUGGUUUCAUUAUCACAAAGUCUGCUCCAAAAUUGGCUUGGUUCCAAGAUGUAGAAUCUAUGUUGAAUCACCAUUUGACAGGGCUCCUACGGUAGAUCCCAAGGAGAUACCACUUCCUCAUGAAUUUAUCCUAAAUCGGGAUCUUUUGGCUCAACUUUAUCCGAGUUUUGCCGCGGGAGCAACCCCAUUUUUUACCUUGAAUUGGUCAAAAUAUGGAGAAUUUCUAACUUUUCGUGGAGGAUUAGAUCCGGUAACUGGAGGCAAGAGAAACAGGGGUGGACGGCCGUCUGCUCUAGGUGGACGGUCGUCUGCCCCCAACGGCUACCCAUGGACGGCCGUCUGCACUAGGUGGAUGGCCGUCUGCCCCAAACGACAACCCCUGGACGGCCGUCUGGCGAGGGUGGACGACCGUCUGCUCCCUAACGGCUCCAUCUAG